AUGGGAGAAGACUCUCGUCCUGGCCGCAGCGCCUCGCGCGCAUCACCUCCCGAGGACAACAGAAGGAGGUGGAGACACCAUUUUGACUCCGACGCGGAGUUGAGCGGUCGUUCUAGCGACGAAGAAUACGAGAGGAGGAGAAGAAGAAGAAGGGGAGAAGAAGCGCCAAAUUCGCCGCCGGUCUUUGGAAACGACGGAAAGGACGACGCGAAGGAGAAGGAGGACGAUGGUGAUGAUGAUGAUGACGAUACAAACGAGAGGAAGAAACCCCGAGCAAAAGUGUUGUUUGGCGUCGACGCGAACGGGAACAACCUGAACGCGUUUCCGGAAACAGAAAACCUUCCUGAACUCCCAAAGGCAAAACCAACGUUUGAACUCUCGUCUCUUUUACGGCAAGAAGCGAACGCGAACGAACGAGGGACGUUUAUCGAUUACGACGAACCAGAGGACAAGUGCGCACCUGAACGCUACGGAUUGCGAUUACGGUUGUACACGUUCAAAGGGGACGAAGAGAUUGAGAAACCGAUAAGUUUAGCUAACAAGAGUAGGUAUAUUUUCGGGCGGGAUCGAGACGCGGUGGAUAUUCCGACGGACCAUCCGAGUUGUUCGAAGCAACACGCGGUGUUGCAGUUUCGGAACCAGAGGAAGACGGACGUGUACGGAGAGACGAAAGAUGACGUGGCUGGGUAUUUGUACGAUAACGGGAGCACGAAUAAGACGAAAUUGAAUGGGAAAGUCAUCGAGGCGAAGAAGUAUUACCGAUUGAAAGGGUCGGAUUGCGUGCAGUUUGGUUCGUCGACGAGAGAGUACGUGGUGAUGGAUGAAAGUCUCGCAGACAAGAAAAAGUGA